AUGGCGACUUCAAAUGGAACAAUGGUGACAGAGUUCAUAUUAAUUGGAUUUUCUGAAUAUCCCAGAGCUCAGGCUGUGUUCUUUUGGUUCCUCUUGGUGGUGUAUCUCAUUAGCUUUCUCGGCAAUAGUCUCCUCAUCAUACUGAGUAUUGCUGACCCACAGCUUCAUACCCCCAUGUAUUUCUUCCUCUGUGUCCUCUCCUCCAUAGACCUUCUCCUUACCAACAACGUACUUCCUGAGAUCUUGGUCAACUGCUUCAUUCACAGGCCUACCAUUUCUUUGCACAGGUGCUUGUCCCAGAUGUACAUUGGUCUAUUACUGGUUGUAACAGAAUGCAUUGUUCUGGCCAUAAUGGCAUAUGAUCGUUUGGCAGCUAUAUGCCAGCCUUUGUACUACAUGCAGAUCAUGAGCUGGAGGCUGUGCAUUGGUUUAGUGGCUGCAUCUCUGACCCUUUCCCUCCUGACAACCUUGAUCAAUGCGCUCCUGCAGCCUACUGACUUCUGUGGCCGGCACAUCAUCAACCAUUUUGGAUGUGAGCUGCAGUCUUUCCUCAAACUGGCUUGCUCCGACACACAUACUAGUGAGCUCUUCAUGCACAUUUCCAGCGUCUUUAUUCUAAUACCACCCUUUGGCUUCAUAGUUGUGACGUAUGGGCGCAUAGGCCUGGCUGUACUGCGCAUCCGCUCAACACAGGGCCGCAGGAAAGCCUUGUCCACAUGCAGCUCUCACCUUGCUGUGGUGACUAUCUUUUAUGGCACAAUCAUGAUCAUGUAUUUGAGGCCACAAGGGAAAUUUGUUUCUGAAAAGGACAAAGUUAUAUCUUUAAUGUAUGGGGCUCUGACUCCCAUGCUCAAUCCUCUGAUUUACAGCUUGAGAAACAAGGAUCUCUUCCUGUACCAAUAUUAUGGGGCCAUUCUGCAUGCCUCAGAAGAUCAUGCCCUGGUUGAGGAAUCUCUGGGCAACCUCCUGCAGUCAUUGCUGACAAAACCUUCAGAUAAGGAGACAGUGUGA